ACCGGCUGGUUGUUGGAGAGGCAUCUUCAAAGACAAUGGUUGAUGCAUCAAUCAAUAUCCUCUCUGGUGAUCAACAUAAUGAACAUUGUUUCAGUGUUAACUUUCUUCAGUAGUUAAGUUCAACAAAAGAAGCACUUAAUUUUAAGCUUCCAUGAAGUUCAGCUGCUGCCUGUUGAUUCUGAUUCUUAAUAUUAGAGUUUUUGCUCAAGAAAAUGUUGCUUCCAACCUGACAUUUACAGUGGGAUUGAAGUCCCUGCCUCUCAAUAUAUCACUUCUCCCUAUAUUUCAAGACUUGACAAAAUCUCCAGUUCCUCAGGAUCUCAUAGCAAAAGAAGGUAACUGUGCUUUCAUUGAAUGUAAUUUGAAUGUUAGCGAACAGGACACCAUACUGUGGUACAACUCAAAAGGACAUCUUCUGGAGCAAGGUGGAAGAGAUGGAAGACUGGUGAUCUCUGACAAUAUCCUUAACAUCACAAGCGUAAUCUUUGGUGAUCGGGGACGAUACACAUGCAUUGUCACAAAUGAAAAUGGCACUUCUUAUUAUUCAGUCACUCUCAGAGUGGUCUCCACAUCUGGAGACAUGGGCAUUUAUUACAUGAUUGUCUGCCUAGUUGCUUUUACUAUCAUCCUGAUCUUAAAUAUUACACGUCUUUGCAUGAUGAGCAGCCAUCUUCGUAAAACAGAGAAAGCCAUCAAUGAGUUCUUCAGGACUGAGGGGGCUGAGAAGCUACAGAAGGCUUUUGAAAUAGCCAAACGCAUUCCUAUUAUUACCUCUGCUAAAACUCUAGAGCUGGCCAAAGUCACCCAGUUUAAAACUAUGGAAUUUGCCCGGUACAUUGAAGAACUUGCCAGGAGUAUCCCUCUACCACCUCUAAUCCUUAACUGCAGGGCGUUUAUGGAAGAAAUAUUUGAAGCAGUGCAUGUUGACGACCCUGAUGAAGUUGGAGAUGGAGUUAAACAGACCCAGGCACUUGGUGCCCAAGGGGGACUCUACCCCUUAAACCCAGAAAUAAAGCGCAGUAAUUCACCAGCAGGAGAUUCGGAUGAUGGUUCUGUGAAUGACCAUGGCAAAGAAAUAGCUGUGGAGGUAUCUGUCCACCUUCAGUCAGAAGUACAAAGCAUUGAUACUGUUUCUCACGAUAGUUUCCCCUCCCUACCAUCAGAGGAUGGUCCAUGUGCUGAAUCCAAAUAGAAUAGCAAAGCUAGUUGUAUGAAGUUCCUCCUGAUUUUAGAGAAUGCUUUCAAAGGGAAAAUGCAACCAUAGUCACAUGUGCAUGAUCCCUGUUUGUUUUUUGUUUUAAAUUUUGUUAGAUGAUUUGAAAAUCAGCUUAGCCUAAGCUAUUUUAAAAUUCUUAUUAGGAGGAAUAUUAUAACUAGUCUUUGAAGUAUUUUACAGCAGGAAUUCAAUGCACCUUACUUCUUUUGCUUGCCAUUAGGAACUAUAAAAUUAAGGCUGGUGGGUUGUCUGUUCUUGAGUUAGAGCAAAAUAAUACAUCAAUGUGAAUUGUUUUUGUCAUGUCAACUCAGAAACCUAAGUUCUUGUAUGUGCUCAGUUAUCAAUGGCACUGUUCACAAGUGUACAUGUAAUUGUAACAUGGAAGAUCUUUUAUUGAAAAAAAGCUAUAACGAGACUACAUAACUGUUACAGUUGAAAACUUAUGAAAUACCUAGAGAUUCAAUUGUCUGUAUUUGUGUUCAUAUGCAGUAUUUGCAUUAGAAAAUAGGAACCCAGGUGCAACCUUUGCAUUGCAACCAAGGACAGACCACUUAAACAUUCUGCCAAUUGCCAAGCAUUUUAAUAAAUGAUGCUUGUUUUCUCAGUGUUGCUCAUAAUGUCAGCUUUUGAAAUAUUCUUUCAUUUCUGGUAUUGCAGUGGUGAAAUGAUAGAAUCUUCAAGUUCUUUCAGUGUUGGUAUGAUAAAAGCAGUGACAACUUCAGUACUAGUGACUAUUUUGCAGUGUCUGCAGUAACCUCAUUUAUAACUUCAGUCUUCUUUCUCAGGUAGUAUGCUCUUAAGUAUUAUUAUUGUUAAUAUUAAGUGGCCAAUGUUGAGGGCAGUGUCAUUUGAUAGCAGUUAUAAGUGUUUAAUUAAAAGACCCAGGGGAAGCUAUCAACUUGAGCAGAUGGUAAUUUGGGUCAAAAAGAUGCACAGUUAGAAAAGUAACCUGAGAAUUACUAUCUGUUAUGUAACAUCUGAUCUGGUCCUUAUGAAAAACUGGGGAAUCCUCAAAGGGCAACAUGAUACCACAGUAAGCAACUUUUCUGUAAUUCUGAUGUUUGUCUGAAUGCACAUGUUCAACAGUAGUGUAAUUGCCUCCUGCUUCAGGCUACAGAUGUGGUAUAAUACUGUUAAAUCUCACCUUAAAAAAAUAGACAUCCACUUUGUGAAUUUAGAAUUAAACUGUGAGGGUCUAGUUUAGUCAGUUGUUGGCUGUUGUUCCCCCACAAACCCUUGUGUGAAGCUUUUAACCUUUCCAGAAAAUUUUAUUACAUAUCUGACGUGAUGCAAUCCAUUAUAUCAUCACCUCCUACUGUAUGCAAGUCUGUCUUUUCCUUAUGCUAUGAGGUCACAUUUUCUAAUGGUAUAAGAUUAUCACUUUCUCUUGCAGCCAUUUGAAUUGCCCCAGUUCAUAUAAAGAAAUGUUGGGGGUGGGAGGAGCCCUGAAACAUCUAUCUAGUUUCCUUCCUUCCUUCUUGGAAAAAAAAAUGUGACAUACCAAACAUAGCUGACCCAUAAUCUAGAAAAUUAAGAUAGUGUAAGUCUAAAUUUGUAAUAGAUAUGAAAUCCCUGUUGCUCUAGCAAAUGUUGAAGAAACAUGAUUUUUAAAAGAAUCUAUUAUGUUUAUAGCAGAAGUGGGUGGCAAGCAGUAAUAGUAAUGACACCUAGGAAAUUGGAGUCAUUGGUAGUAACACCCAUCUGUUUAACAGAUAGUUUAAGAAAACAAUAUUCACCUCACAAUAUUUAGCUUAAUUUUCUUAAUAUUUGUUUCUGUUUCUGAAGCAAAAGAGAUCGUGGAGGCAUUAGCUUGGCAAAGGGAUAUAUUUGUAAAUACAGGAUAUUUCUCUGUAUUCUGUAAAUCAUUUUUAUAUAUAACCUGGAAAAGCAGAGGACCCUGGUUUGCAUCACUUUGCUAGUCUCUGUCUUGCCUUUGUUUCACUAAACAAUCAAUUUUGAUGGAUUAGGUGUAAAAAUCAUGCAUGGUGAAUAUUGAGUGUGGAUAGUUUUUUUUUAAAACAGAUCUUUAUCAAAUGUUGCUGUAGUGUUAUUUGGAGAAAAUAUUGCUGGUGGUGGGUACUUGUUUGAAAAAUUAUUGUAAGCUUAUGAAAAAACAAUGUAAGACUUCUCAAAUGGCCAACAGAUUUUUAUCUCUAUGAAUGAGCAGGGCAAGAACCCAGCCAUAAAACUAUUAUUACGGAACAUCAAUUGGACAUAUGUAAACUAAUUUACAUUAUCAGAAUGAGGUUGUCUUCUUGUUUCUUCAGCUCUAGUGUUUUGUAAAAGAUAUUAGAAAACCUAUUCUGUUCACCAAAAUAUGGUUCCAGCAUCACAUUUGUAGUUUGGGAGUUGCCACAUCAGUUUCUGUAACAGAAUAUCAUUUCAUACUUUUAUAUAAAAAUAAGAUGGUGCUUUUUUCCAAUAAUAAAAUCUACUAUUAAAUGCCUGAAA